UAUAAGUCCUUGUGUUACGUACUUCGAGUCGCGAUACACACGAUACGAGCUGAAAUUGUAAAUAGAAAUACAAACACUUGCUCAGCAGACAUUGACAGUUCAAGAGUGAAGAGCCGUUAACACAUCUUAACCGCCAAUACAGUUAACAAGCAUGGCUACUUAUAAAAAUGAAACAAGAAUUAAAAUCAUCGGCAAAAUACCCAACGAUCCUUCCGAUGACCACCAAGCUUCAUGGGUCAAAAGAUGUCAACGUUUCGCGGAAAGAGUGAAGAACCUUCCUGUAGAAAAAUUGGGCUUCAAAGAGUCAGCAAAACAGAUUGCGGAGCUUAUAAAAGAAUUAUUACCACAGGACGUACCAAUAAUUUUCAAUGGGCAUGAUAUAUCGACACAGCUUCCCACGACUUCCUCCACAUCGUCGUCGGAGCAAGAACAAGAGCCGGUCGCAGAUUCGCGAACGGAAUCAGAGGAGUCGGCUACGAAUGCCACAUCGCGGGAAUCGCCAAAAACGCCGGAAGAUGUUGCACGCGAAGAUUCCAGCAGCAUGACGACUUUGGAAAUGGAAAAACUGUCGUUGGAGGAUAUUUUGGACGACGCCUCGCUGAGUAGCGAGAAAAAGACUUUCGCCAAUAGAGUCCUCUACGGACGCGAAUACGAAAAACUCGAAGUACCCGAAUACGACGACCCGGACAAGUGCGAAGUGGCCGGCUGGAAGGUAGGCGGCGCUCACCAGGAGCAGCUCCGAAAACCGAGGCUCGCGCGAGUCGGCCUGAUUCAGAACUCGAUCGUUCUGCCGACCGAUCAACCGAUCGAUGCUCAGCGCGAGGCGAUAUACAGGAAAAUCGCUGCCUACAUCGAUCACGCGGCCAAAUGCAAGGUCAACAUCGUGUGUCUGCAAGAGGCUUGGACGAUGCCGUUCGCCUUCUGUACGCGGGAAAAGAAGCCCUGGCUCGAGUUCGCCGAGCCGGCCGACGAGACGGGCUGGUCGACCGAGAAACUGUGUGCACUGGCCAAGCAGCACAAGAUGGUGAUAAUCUCGCCGAUCCUCGAGAGGGACCCGAUCGGAGAUAAGAUCUGGAACACGGCGGUGGUGAUCGGUAGCGAUGGCCGGAUCUUGGGCAAGCAUCGCAAGAAUCACAUACCCCGGGUCGGCGACUUUAACGAAUCGACAUACUACAUGGAAGGUGACACCGGUCAUCCGGUUUUCAACACCGAGUUCGGCAAGAUCGCUGUUAACAUUUGCUACGGCAGGCAUCAUCCCCUCAAUUGGCUGAUGUUCGGUUUGAAUGGAGCCGAGAUUGUGUUCAAUCCGUCGGCCACCGUUGGGCAACUGUCCGAGCCGCUGUGGGGCAUCGAGGCGCGAAACGCCGCCAUAGCCAACGGUUACUACACCUGCGCGAUAAAUCGCGUCGGCACCGAGCGCUUCCCCAACGAGUUCACCUCGGGUGACGGCAAACCGGCCCAUCGCGACUUCGGGCACUUUUACGGCUCGAGCUACGUGGCGGCGCCCGACGGCUCGAGAACUCGCGGCCUCAACCGUCACAUGGACGGCUUGCUGGUGGCCGAGCUCGACCUCAACCUCUGCAGACAGACCAAGGACCUCUGGGGUUUCACGAUGACCCAGCGAUUGAAGAUGUACGCCGAAGGAUUGACGAGAGCUAGCCAGGAAGAUUUCAAGCAACAAAUCGUACAGAAAUAAAUAUGUGCACUCUGUGCACAAAAAUUUAUCGUGUCGUUUAUACUUGACGGUGGCGUGCAUAUGUUAAGAAUAUCAAUAGAAUUUACCGCGAAACGUCGAUUUCUAUUCAAACCUGAUAUGAUACGUUUAAAUGAGUACAUGUGUAUUGUUUUUUAAUCAUGUGCUUGGCUCACUAAUGAAAAUCCAUAAAGAUAAAUCAUCAAUAAAAAAACUAAUCGUA